GGCUUAGGGGACUGUAAGACCACGAAGAUUUCUUCUCGCACAAUCACUACCAUCCGACCUGACAGACGUAUACAUACAUAACCAAUGGCAACAUCGACGACAGGCAAGAUAGGGUCGAUUACAGAACAAAGACGGAACGAGUCAGAGGACGAUCACGAGGAGGUUGAGGAUGAUGAAAAGCUCUUGGCCCAGUUGGACGAUGAUUUCGAAUUGAAUGGAAUUCGAGAACGAAGACUCGAAGAGUUACGAAAGGAAAUCACGAAGAAUCAACAGAUGUCGGAAGAUAACCAUGGAAGAUACGUGGAAAUCAAGCUCGAGAAAAAACUGAUUCAAAUCACGGCGAAAGCCAAGACUUCAGUCGUCCAUUUCUUUCAUCCAGAUUUCGAACGAUGUAAAACUAUGGAUAAGAAAUUAGAGGAACUCGCAUCCAAGUAUUUCUCGACACGUUUCUUAAAAGUCAACGUUGCCAACGUACCUUGGUUAGUUGAGAAAUUACAAAUCAAAGUCUUGCCAUGUGUGGUCGGAUUUUUGGAUGGAAUAUCAAAAGAACGGAUCGUCGGAUUCGAGGGUAUCACGGGAGAAUCGAGCAAAGAAAUAAACGCCAUAGCCCUUGAAUUACGAUUAAAACAAGCUGAUCUGAUUAAAGACGAGGUUAAUAUAGGAUCUGCUCCAGCUCAUCAUCGACGAGAAAUUUUUGGAUCGGCUAUCAGACAGGAUUCGGAUGGCGAUUCUUCUGAUUGGGAUGACUAGAUAUUCCUGUUGCCAGAUUUUCUCAAUUUUCUGUAAUCCUACUUACCUUCCCCUCUGGCCAUCCCAAUUCAAUCGUCUAAGUGGGCUCAAGUGAAUCUCAUCCGUGCGACCAGUUUAUCCUGCUCAUUCAUGUCAAGUUGGUGGUUUUAAAAAAUCCAAAGUGCACCCAUUCUGAAGUCAAUGUGUCAA